AUGGACGUCGCCCGCAACGUCACCGCGCCGACGACGACGACGGGCUACGUCGGCAGCAACGUGACGUUCAACCUCAGCGACGCCGACGACAACGACAGCUUCGGCUACUUCGAGGACUUCGAAUACCCGGAGCUGAGCAUGGCCACCGAGGCGCAGAUAGUCCUCAUCGCAGUCUACUCGCUCGCGGCGACGAUCUCACUCGUCGGCAACACCCUCGUUCUGCUCGUCUAUCUGACCCGACGCAAGCAGACGGGAGAGCUGGCGACGUAUCUCGUCAAUCUGGCCGUCGCCGAUCUGCUGAUGGCGAUAUUCUGCAUACCGUUCACCUUCACGCGAGCGAUGUUGAAAAGAUGGAUCUUCGGGAGGACGAUGUGUCCGAUAGCGCUGUUCAUGCAGAGCGUGUCCGUGUGUGUUAGCAUCUACACGAUGGUCGCCAUAGGAACGGACAG